AUGUCGACUUCCCCGGAGCAGGAGGCAUCAGUCUCAUCUCCAAACGAUGCGACCGCUCCGCAAAAUAAUCCCACCAACACCACGUCUGGAGAAGUCAAGGGGAAGGGUGCCGAGAAAACAAUCUCAUGUGUCUCGUGCAGACGUAGGAAAUUGAAAUGCGAUCGAGUAAAGCCCAAAUGCGGGACAUGCGGCAGACUAAGACACGAGUGCGAAUACCCCGAGAGGAGGAGAAACAUAGGUACCAAGAGGAGAAACAUGAAGGAACUGGAAGCUAGAUUGGCACAAGUUGAAACUCAACUCGUGGCAGAGACGCAACAACUCGCUGCGAAUAAUGCGAAUAAUGCAAAAAACGCGAACAAUGCGAUUGAGAUGAACGUGAAUUUACAUGCGAAUGGGAAUAUGAAUACAAAUGCAGAUGCCCACCCGGACUGGGACACUAUGAACAUGGAUAUGGAUAUGAAUUUCACAGAUGGGGGAAUACAAAAUAUAGGAUAUGAUAUCUUGAGUGGAAAUAUCGGCGCUGGAUCUUCAGUACCAAUCGGAGACUACUUUUCCCAAGAAGUCAUAAGUUUAGGACUACAAGAACCUCUGCCUCCUGAUAAUCUGAUGGAUGAAUUAUUCCAAACAUAUUUCGAAAGAUUCCAUCUAACUUUACCUAUGAUACACAAGGGCCGAUUCUAUGCCGCUCUCAGUAUGCCACCAAACCAUAGACCACCAAUUGCUUUGCGAUAUGCUAUGAUGACGGUAGCAGCAUCACUGUCGGAUAACUACCAGAGUUAUGCUGAAAUCUUUUACGAGAGGGCUAGAAGAUACGCUGAGAUUACAGAGAUGAAGGGACAAGGAGAGGGUUUGAUGUGCAUACCAAUUGUUCAAGCUUGGUCAAUCAUUAGUAACUACGAGGCCACAAACGCUUAUUUUGGUCGAGCAUGGAUGAGUACAGGAAGAUGUGCACGAUUAUGUCAUAUGCUUUCGCUGCAAAGGCUUGACGCAGAGGGACCUUUUGGAGGGAAAAAAUUACUACCUUCAUCGAAGGAUUGGAUCGAACAAGAGGAGCGACGAAGGACAUUCUGGGCAGCUUACUAUGGUGACAGAUGGGCUAGCUGUGCUACUGGAUGGCCAAUGAUGUUUGAUGAGGAAAAGAUUGAUACCAACCUACCAUGUUCCAACGAAGCCUUUGAUUUAGGGGUAAAGGAGAACUCAUGCUCGUUAGCGGCUGCUUUAACCCCUGACGGUGCUUCUACAAUAUCAUCGUUUGCUGGAGUGAUACUGUCAGCAUGUCUGUUCGGUCGCAAUGCCCAGCACAUGCUUAAGAGCGGUCCAGAAGAAGGCGCCAAUGAUCUCGCCAAUGGUGCAUUCUGGAAGACUCAUAGGAAAAUGGACAAUAUAUUGUCUAGUACAUUCAUGUUUCUACCUGAUCACCUUAGAUUACCUGCUGGAUUGAGGGAUCCAAACAUUGUUUUUUUUCACAUGAACAUACAUUGUGCAACAAUCUGUUUACAUCAAGGGGCAGUCAUGACUGCUGAGCGAGAAAACAUCAGUCAAUCAUUUAUAAGACAAAGCGAAGCGAGAAGUUUGAUGGCGGCCGAAGAAAUAACGAAUCUGAUGCGCCUUAUCAGUCAUCUAGAUGCAUCCAAGAUGAGUUCAUGGAUAGGCUUUUGUCUUUAUGUUGCUUCUGGUGUUAUCCUCCAGGAUACAAGGAGGGAUAGACCAAAUCCACAAAGUGCCAGCAAUUUGGAGUUUAUGAUGUCAGCCAUGAAGGCGGUUGGAAAGAAGCACAUCAUUGCGAAACACUUUACUGCUCAACUUGAACUUGAGAUGAACACACAGAGAGUCGAUCGCAAUGACAUGGCAAGUAGUCUUUGUGAUUUGCAUAACUCUCCAGAAGUAGACGACCCGGAUGUUUGCGUUUUCCCUCAUACCUACCGAAGAAAAGGUCCAAAGGAUGAGUCUCGUAGCUCAAUUGAUACAGGUCAAGCAAGAAGCAUGUCCGCCAAUACGCCCCCUCAAGUUACACAACCACCACCAUACGAGGCCUUCUCAAAAAUAGCACCUGCCUGGCCCUCUACAGCAAGCUUCCCUCCACAACUAAACCAGCAAGGGGAUUCAGGAAGUGAAACGAUUGAAACUGACUUCAGUCACCCUCAAACUGGAAAUACACCUUCUUCAGAAUCUUCGACUUCCAACACAACAUACCCGUAUCGCAAUACUAAAUCUACGGACUCGAAUUCGAAUUGGAUUUUCGAUCCAGAGGCGACACGAUAUAUGGUAGAUCCGUUGUCGUUGAAUGGCUCGAAUCGAGACAUGGGGCAUGAAGUGCAGGAUAAUUUGUUAUUGAAUGAUUUGUUGAAUGGUGCAACUUGGGAUAACAAUUAUCAACAUGUUGGCCUAGACUCACGGCAUGCUAGUGGAUAG